AUGGCAAAUUCCACAUCGUCCACCGCACAAUCACGGCGCUCCAGUAUCCUUCACAUUAUUGGCAAUAUUAUCGGUUAUAUGCAAAUUAUCACCUUCACCAUCCUGCUAAUAUGUUCGGGUCACUUUGCGUUCAAUGUUGACACCUGCCCCUUUGACAGUUCCGCUUUCGUUUGCCUGGGAGUGUUUUGUGUGAUGUUGACCAUGUUUCUGUUGUCGUUUAUAUUGGCCGUGGCCAUAACAAUGCGCCAAGCGCCGUUUAUGCUGCCCUGGCUGAUAAUGUCCGUUGUUGUGAUAAUAGGUGAUAUUGCCUAUCUCUCGGUGUUCCCGAAUAUUAUAUUGGGUAUUUUUAGUUCCUUGGUUAUAUGUCCUCUUCUCCUCUCAUGGUAUCCUCUCUACAAAUUAUAUGGUAAAUAUAAGAAAGAGAAGACGAGAGAAGAACAACGCCUUUCAGAUGCUCUCGAUGAAACGCACACCUUGAAUAGGCAGGCACAGCUUACCACGCCACCGUCCACACUGUAUCCUAACGAAGUGGUACAAUAUUAUCGAUCACUGGAUCGGCGACCAGAUAGUGCGGCAUAUGAUGCGAGUUUGCCGGUCGAUCCAAAUUUUGCAUAUAUAUCUGGUACACCGGCGCCGGGUUGGCGAAUUGGUUUAUAUCCGAAAAUGUCAAAUAAAGAAUAUGUUUAG